AAUAACUCCAUUACGCUUCUCUCUCUACAAUUACUCUUGAGAACUUCUCUCUUUAGAAUAUUAAGUAUUAUUAAUUUGAGCAUCGGAGUGUCUUUCCCGAGAAAACAUUCUCGGGUUUUUCAAGUGUUGAAGCAGUUGAAGAUCUCUACAGUGUAGGGUUGCCUGAUUUUUUUCUUCUGAUUGUUCAAGUUGCUGGCUAUGAUUGGAGAACAAUUUGAUCAUGGUGACGAAAUUUGUGGACGCGGUGGUUAAUGUCAGAGCCAGGCAGGAAAAAAUAUCAUUGUGGACCAAGAAUGCUACAAAUGAAUUCUUACAGCACAAUUUUGUUGCAGGCAAGUGGUGGGGAAAGCUUGCUAAGAGGGAGGAAGGGCUAUGGGAUAGGUUAAUUAAGGAAAAAUAUGGUGUGGGGAGUGAUAGCUGGAUGUUUUGGGUGAGGGAGGGUAAAGGGACAGGAUCUAGUUGGUGGAAGGAUGUGUCGAGGAUAGGUGUGUUGGAGAAAAAUAAAAGAAGGUGGCUAUCGAAUGGCUUUGAGUCACCAGUUGGAGAGGAAUGGGAAACGAGCUUCUUGGUGGGACUUAUGGUCAAAUGGGAGCUUGGAUGGGGGAUAGAUGGUGCUGGACAUUACCAUGGAGGCGUACCUUGCUAUCUAGGGAAUUGCAAUUGCAAGCAAAGGAGGAACUGGAGAAGGUGCUUGAAUCAGCCAAGCUGCAUUAAGGAUGGAAGGAAAAAUGGGUAUGGAAAUAUGGCAGGGAUGGUGGCUACUUAACAAGCUCCAAAUAUUCCAUUUUUGCUUUCUCACUAGAUGAGAGUAAUAAGAAUGUUUUUGAAAGGGUAUGGAAUCCGAUUGUUCCUACAAAGGUUUGUGGGUUUAAUUGGCAAUUGCUUCUCAAUAGAUUGCCAACAAAAACCAAUCUAUUUAAGAGAGGUUUUAUUAACGAGGCUGCAAAAUUGGGAUGCUGUUUUUGCUGAGAACAUGCGGAAGAUGGUGAUAAUUUGUUUCUUGCUUGCAAGAUCACCUCAAAAUUUUGGAGUAGAUGCCUUAAAUGGUGGGGAGCACAAACUGUGUUUGUUAGUAGUGUUUGGGAUGUCUAUGUCUACCAUGAGAGGAUUGCAGUUUCCACAUGAAUGAGGAUAGUGUGGAAGGUUGUGCGGUUUGCCUUGACUUGGUCUAUAUGGCUUGCUUGAAAUGAGAUUUUGUUUAACCACAAGGAGGUAGAUGUAGACAGGAUAUUUGAUUUAGUACAAGUAAGCUCCUUCCAUUGGCUGAUAAAUAGAGGGAAAGCUUUUAGUUUCUAUUUUUCAGAUUGGCUCCUCAACCCUCAUCUAUGUAUUGUUAGUGCUUGACUAUGGGUUCUGUGUAGUGGGACUAUAGGUACUGCAAUUAAUUAUGUAUAUGGUUUGAGUACUCAUUGUACUCAAUGAUAAUAACAGUGGUGUUUUGCC